UCAAUUAUGCGACAUACUGCUUUGAUACAACUGGUCCAAUACGGAUAUAAAAGUCUGCUUAACAACCAGUGGCAUGUGAACAUCCGGUUUAAAGGCCAGCCACGUCCACAAUAUGCCUGUAUAAAUAGCAAUGCUCUAGAGUUCACUUAUUUGUUAUUUCAAAAGCACGGUAAACAAUGUUUGUCUUAAACGUUUUCUUUGUUCUAACGACGUUGAUCUGUGGAAUACGUAGUCAGGGUGAAGCUACUAACUCAAUGACUACACACCUUGACAUAGCGUUUAUAAUGGACACAACUGGAAGCAUGGGGCCGUAUAUCGAAACAGCAAGGAACAACAUCAAACGAGUUGUGCAAGAAAUCACGGAAAUUUCCGAAAGUCACAUCAGGUUUGCACUCAUUGAGUAUAGGGACCACAAACCGGAAGAAAAUACAUACGUGUACAGAAAACAAGACUUUACGCCGUCGGUAACAACAAUGCAAUCGUGGUUAGAAAAAUCAGAAGCAAACGGCGGUGGUGAUUUACCCGAGGCUGUUGCUGUUGCACUGUACGCGGGGAGUUCAUUGUCAUGGUACGACUCUGCAGUCAAGAUUGCUGUCCUGAUAGCGGACGCGCCGCCACAUGGUCUGGUGUCGUCAGGUGACAGGUGGCCAGACGGUGAUCCUCUUGGCAUUGAUCCAGUCAAAAUGGCGUACAGAAUGGCAAGGAUCGGCAUAACACUGUAUUCGGUCGGCUGCGAACCUUCCAUUCUACCUUACAAAGACUUUUUCCAAGCGUUGGCUUACAUUGCCGGGGGUCAGUACGUACCAUUAUCAACUCCACAAGCACUAAUUGAUGCCAUAAUCGGUGGAGCUAAAGAAGAGUUGGCUAUGAGGAAAAUCAGCGAAGAAGUAGACAAAGAAGUUUCAGCAGUUAAGGCUAAAGGUGGAAAGCCUGAGAGGGAUGCCAUUACAAGGUCAGUUUACGACAGACUUCACAAAUCCGGGACAAAAGCAACCACCUUACUAAAAAACAACAAACCGUUAGCAGGACCGUCGAAGGCUGCGCUCGAAAUCGCUAAAUCGAAGUCUCUUCCUGAAGCUAAGAAGAUAUUUGCGAAGAUGGUUCCCGGUGGAAGUGGAAGUCCGCCGGUUUCACCUCCAGUUUCCGAAGUCUACACCGCCGUUGAAAGACCAGUGAGCUAUGACCAGGUCUCCAGAGCGGCUAGCAAGGCCUUUGCUGCAAGUGCAUAGGAGGAAUUUUAAUCUUGCUAUUGUUUUGGACCGUUUGUUUUCAUUAUAGUACAAACGUUAUGCAGAGGACUAACCUUGAACGAUUGCAAUUAAGUUUCCACGUAUUUAGCAAACAGAAAAAAAUGGAAAUGUGUGUUUUAUUUCCCCAAUGUAAAGUAUGGUGGAGUAAAUGCUUUCGACAAUG